AAAAUACGGUAUGUGUAUAAAAAUAUGUAAAAAUUAUGGAUCAGUUGAAUAACAAUACUGCAACCAAGCAAAACAUAUGUGUGUUGAUAUAAUUUUUAAAGCUUUUUGAAGGUCGAUGUUUAGGAUGAUUACAAUGCGAUUAAAGUCGGGGCCAGCUAUUAGCAGCGAAUGGAGAUGUUUGUUCUGUCUUCAUGUUCGAACUGCGACAAUUAUUCUUGGAAUGUGGCAUUUGAUUUUACAUGUACUGAUAUUAUCGGCACUAGCAGUUAUAUUCCGCAAUCAUAAUUUAUUGGAUGAAGGUCGUGUUGGCUCUGAAUAUGGGGAAACUAAUAUUAUUUCCGAUGAGAAUACUAUUGAAGAUUUACCAACUCCCUUGAGCAAAGUUGAUCCAUCAAUACCUGGCCGUCAUCAUCGUGAUCAUGGUUUGUAUUAUACUGAUUUGGAUAUGGCCGGACUAGUAACAAUGUUUACUUUAACGUUUAAUUUACUACUUGUCUAUGGUGCAAUUAAAGGAAAGGCGACACCAUUGUUACCAUUCUUCUGUUUACAAUUGUUCGAUUUUGCUGUAAGCACUCUUUACAGAUUAACAGCUACUGGUUACGCAUGUUAUAUGCGUUCAAUGCAUCGUUUGGUUGCUGAAACAUGGCAGUUACCAUUCCGUAACUAUUUACUUCAAUUGAGUCCUCAAUGUUUAUCACUUGUAGUGUUAUUUGCUUUUGUUUUAUCAAUGGUUAUUAAGGCAUAUUGUAUUGGAAUUGUCUGGCGUUGUUAUAAGUAUUUAACAUUACGCCAACAAGCUUUACGUAGUGCAAUACAUUAUAUAAUGCCUGGUGAUAUUCCAACUGAUCGUAUGCCACCAAUGGAACCAGACUAUUCAUCACUAUUGCCAGAUUAUGAAGCUGCAUGCAAACAAACACCACCACCAUCGUAUCAAGCUGCAGUUGCUGCACAAGCAGAAAUUCUUUCUACUGCUGUUGGUGCAACUGGAGUUGGUGAAUCUCAAACUACAACAAAUAUUGAAUCUAAUCAGGAGACCGCUAAUGCCGCCGCCGCCACAUUGCCGAUAUCUAAUGUGUCACAUCAAACGCAAGCAGUUAUUACUACAACCUCAGCAACUAGCCCUACAUUUACAAAUCAGAUUACUACCGUUACCAUUCCCCAGGCUGUUGCAUCUGGUGAUUAUGGUGUAACUGAUGCAGUGCCACCCGUUGAACAACAAGUAAAAUAAGUUUGUAAAAUAUGAAAUAUUCAAAGAAUUUAAAAAAUAUUUCUAACAAACUUGCGCAAAUUUUUCUUAUGGGCGGAUUGUUUUUAAUGAAAAUAUUUCUGUGCCAUCAUUUGAA